AUGUGCCACUUUCUCGUCUCCCCACACUGCUGCUGGGGGGACUUUUUUAACAUAGGCCUCUGUAUGGCCUUCAAUUUAAGCUGCUUACGCUUCGCCACUCUGCCAUGGGCCCCUGUACCCCUCCUCUUACUGCUUGCCAGGUCCAAGAGUGUGUCAUGGGUCCCUGUACGGCCUCCCAUUGCUGCUGACUUCAUCGCCAGACUCUGCCAUGUGCCACUUUUCAGGUCUCCUUACAACUGUUGGUGGGUUCCAUUUUGUGAUAGGGUGCUGUUAUGGCCUUCCAUUGCUGCUGCCUCCACCGCCACCCCUGCGCCAUGUGCCUCU